AUGGGAGCCUUCCUUGUGUUGGACCCACACUUCCGAGUUAACACUUCUGAUCUUCGACCAGCGCCACGGUCCGGCGCUGGCUGCCAAUCCUCUGUAGACAUCUGUCGAUGGAGGCUGGAUGGGUGCUAUGGGGAGGCUGUUGACAGAAGGGCGGAGAGGCUGUCCUGCAGCAACAGGCCGUAUGCAAUCUCAGGUCCGGAACGGCAAAGAACCUGGCAUGAUCGCCAGCUCAGGACAAAUGCCUUCCACCGGGAUGAUUGGCGGAUCAGCGGCAUUGUGGCUGCCCACCAGAUACUCUGGCCUCCCUAUAUAUCCUCCAACCAGUUUUGUAAACGAUUUCGGUCUCCACAGGCCAAAACUGGCAGUAUUGUGCUGAUCAGCAACACCGCUGCCGACCAGCUCGCCGACCUCCGGAAGCAGCGUCAUGAGGAGCUCUUCCACUUACUUACACGCGUUGUCUCGUACCUCAAGAGUCGGAACUGGGAGACGCGCAUUGCUUCCGCCAAGGCCAUUGGCGGGAUCGUCAGCCAUGCCGGCAAGUCUGAUCCUGACGCCGACGACGACGUGAAGCCAGAGAGCAAUGGCCAUGUCAAGGACGACCAGUACGGCACGGGCUCAUCCAUCAAAGCCGAAAUUGGAGCCGGGUUACCUGUUUCAUCUCUGCCGGUGCUGCCUCUGGGCAUAGACACCACCUUAUAG